ACCGCACACACUCCGCUGCUUGACAGUCGUCGUUUUCCCACACACACGAGAAGAACAACAAAAAUGUCCAAUCGCUUCACUGUUUACUAACUGCUCUGCUCAUGUAAUUGAUGUAACUUCGCGCGAGUGUAAGUGCAAAUUCGCCUUUCCCGUCUACUGCUGCACGGCAACGCAGGGCCUCCUUCGCCCGGAAAGUGGACGCCCGAAAAUGUGGAUCCCCCCGAGAGAAUGUUCGAUGCCGUACGCGCUGUGGGUGAACGAAACAACGAAGGUAACAUCGCGCUACUUCCUGCUGCAACACCGCAAAGGGCAUGGAAGUCUGCGGGGCUUUUCCUCGAUGUUGGUGGGAACGCUGGACAACGUACUCGACACGAAACCGUCCCCGUACAGAAUUUUGCAUUGCCAGCCGUCGACGGGAUUAUGCUUUGAAAUUGCCGCCGACAUCACGCUGGACGCGAUUAUGCUCGACUGGGACUGGCUGGCGAAGAACCUGUUUCGCGUGAUCAACGAGAUGGAAACGGAGGAAGAGAUUACCAACUUUACCAUCUGUAAGAUCCAGUCCCUGCUCGCCCACAGCUCCCGGCCGGCCGAGGAGCAGAACGAUCCCACCAGCUUCCAGGUGGCGGUGUGCAAGUUCCGCGAAAAGUUCCGCAUGCCGGAGGACGAAAAGCUGGUCAACUACUACUACUGCAGCUACUUUCGCAAGAUACCGCGCCAGGGCCAGCUGUACCUGUCGCUCAACCACAUCUGCUUCUACUCGUACAUACUCGGCUCGGAGAGCAAGCUGUGCUUCCGGUACAACGAGCUGACCGAUAUCAAAAAGUCCGGCAACACGAUCACGGUCCGGGCGGGGCAGCAGGGCAGCAAGGAGUACACGUUCGUGUUUCUCUACUCGCCGGGCGAAGCGUACCAGCUGAUCGAGCAGCUGAGCAAGCUGACGAUGCAGAAGAUGAUCCAGGAUCCGGACCGGCCGAUCGUCGACCACGAUCCGGUCAUACUGAAAAAGAUGGAAAAGAACGUCGCCCAGAAGACGCUGCUGUUGCGCGAUCUGACCGCGCGCCAGCAGUCGGACGAGUACCGGAUACACUUUCGCGUGCCCAAGGCGGAGAUUCUGGACGGCAUGAUCAAGGCGUCGCUGUGGGCACCGUACACGAAGAAGCACAUCAACGGGGUGCUCUACCUGUCGCAGAACUAUCUGUGCUUUAAGAGCGAUGUGUCCAGCAUGGUGUCGUUGGUCAUACCGUUAAGCAAGAUUGUUAGCGUUGAAAAGAACGAUGACCCACACAACCGGUUUAGCAAUCGAAUCAUCAUCACCACCUCGGAUGGGAACAUCUUUGUGUUGCAACACAUCUUGGAUCGAGAGUUUUUGAUAACGAAAAUCUCAGAACUACUCUCGAAAACCGUCCUACCGACCCGUGUACCUGACGAUCUGGAUUGGAUGAAGCAGGAACCGUUGAUGCAUCUGUACAAAGAUACAAACAACCGAGCGUUCGAUGAUCUGCAGGCGGAAAAGAUGAAACGCUGGGAGGAACACUUUUCCCUGUACGGACGGGGCAUCUCAAUGUUUCGCACCACCGACACGAUCAACCUCGUGAUCGAGGGCAUACCGGACCAGCUGCGGCGCGAAGUGUGGCUCAUCUUUUCCGGCGCCAUACACAUGAAGAUGAUGCAACCGAACCUGUACCAGCAGCUGGUAGCGAAGGCGAAGGACCAGAGCCCCGUGUCGUUCGAAGAGAUCGAGCGCGAUCUGCACCGCUCGCUGCCAGAGCAUCCCGCCUUUCAGACGAGCAUCGGCAUUACGGCCCUGCGCCGGGUGCUGCAGGCGUACGCGCUGCGCAACCCCGAGAUAGGCUACUGCCAGGCAAUGAACAUCGUUUCGUCCGUGUUUCUCAUCUACUGCGACGAGGAGGAUGCGUUCUGGAUACUGUGCUGCCUGUGCGAGUCGCUGCUGCCCGACUACUACAACGAUCGCGUCGUCGGGGCGCAGAUCGAUCAGGGCCUGCUGGACGAGCUGAUCGCAAGCCAUCUGCCCAACCUGCACGUGAAGCUGACCGAGCUGGGCGUGAUUCGCAUGAUUUCGCUCUCCUGGUUCCUCACCAUCUUUCUCAGCGUGAUGCCAUACGAAAGUGCGCUGCACAUUAUCGACUGCUUUCUGUGUGACGGCGCAAAAGUGAUCUUUAUUAUAGCUUUAAAAAUUCUCGAAUGGAACCAGGAAAAGCUCCUGAACUGUAGCGACGAUGGGGAAGCAAUGCAGCUGCUGACCACCUUUCUGAUGGGCAUCUUCAACGAUGAAGUGCAGCGAAUCAUUAUCGAGGACAAGGAGAAGCAGCAAAUCAAGAGCCAAUCGGUACAGACGCUCAUCUACGAAGCAUAUCUUAAGUUUGGUAAGGCAAUAACAUCACAAAAGAUUGAGGAGCUGCGCAACAAGCACCGCCGGCUGACCGUGCACCAGCUGGAGAAAGAUCUGGAAAAUAGUGUGAUAAAAAACUUCAAAGACAAUGGGUAUUUCGACAGUGAAGAGCUGCGCAUGCUGCUCUGCUACACGAAGGAUGAGAAGAACAGCUUAACGGCCCGAUCCCGCCCAACGUCGGUGAAUGGCGGCGAGCCCGUGUACGACGUGACGGUGCUGAACGAUGCGAAGAAACGGUGCCGCGACAAUCGGUACGACUGCUUCCGGGUGGAUUACGAAACGUUUCGCAAGCUGUUUGUCGAUCUGACACCGUGGGGCCACUGUCAAAACAUUGAUCUGCCCGAGAAACUGUUCCGGCUGAUGGACAAACAAUCGUGCGGAUAUCUCGAAUUCAAGCAGCUCAUCUUUGCGAUCGGCAUCAUCUGCUCGAAGCGGGCAACGGAAAAGCUGAAGCUCCUCUACAUCCUGCACCUGCCGCCGCUGCUCACUGCGCAGGAGCUGGAAUCGAGCGGUGGUGGUGGCGGUGGUUCGCGCGACUCCGACACGGAGGUGGCGACCGAGGCGGAAAGCUUCUUUAGCGACAAUCCGCUCGAAACGCUCAAAUCGCUACCGUCGCCAAUCGACAUCAGUCUCGAGGCGUCGUCGGACGUGGAGAAUCUGUCGCUGUCGCAGUUUAACGCGACCACACCGAACCUUUCCAUGGACGAUUCGCACUCGCACAACGCGGAAACAUCGUCCAUCUUUUACGUGGAGCUGCCGGUAGCGAGUAUGAGCGCUGCUGGCAGUGGUGGUGGUGGUGCCGGUCCCAGCACUAGCAACGCCUCCGGUACGAACCUCGGGGAGGCGGAAUCGUUCGGCUCGCGGUCGGACAUUAGCGAUCUUGGCUUCCAGCGGUACGGCAGCAGCCUGGAUGAGGGUGGGGCGAGCCGUCGGAACGAGGCGCGCAGCAUCAGCGGGCUGCGCAUCUUCCUGGACGAGCCCGACUCGAACUUUACGUACAAAACCAUUCCCAACAUGACGCAGAAGAACUUUAUCUCGCUGUGGACGACGCUGCUGGAGAUACUGAACAAGGAGCGCAAAGUGACCGACCAGGAGGUUCAAACGUCUUAUAAAACACUAAUAUCGCUUGGGGAGGAUGCGAUUCUCAGCCGGCGGGACGAUAGCAACGACAGCUUCACCCAGCUAGCGAUGGAAGGCGGAGAAGUAUUUGACCCGAACGGCAAUCCUUCCUCCUCCAGCUCGGAACGUACGCCCAGGCACAGUUCCGCCAACGCACCGCCGGAAGCGGUCUGGGAGAUUUCGCUCAACCAGUUCGUGGCCACCGCCAUGUCCGUCGGCAUCAUAGAGGAACAGUUUUCGCGGCCCUUCUCGAUCAAUUCGCGCGUCGAAAAGUUGCAGAAAAAUCGACGAAAGUGCAAAAGCUAGAUGCCUCGAUAAAAGGCUCCUUCUUGCCCGCACAUUUCCCAUCUUCCCGUUUCACGACCUGUCUCUCUCUGCCUCUCUCUCCCGCCCAUUCCCUCUCUCUUCCUAGCUAAACAAAUCACAAAAGUCAAACGCUUUUUCCUGUGCGUGUUAAAAAAAGUGCUUCUCCGGCAAUCAACGACGAUUGUCGGACGUCCCAUCCCCCUUCAAUCUGCUGCUGCAGAGGGUGCUAAUUGUUGCUAAUUGUGGCUAAAAGUUGUUAUACAGUGAACCCCCCCCCGUUUGCCAAUCAUUUGUGAAAGUGAUCGUGAUGUAUUUUGGUACGAUAAAUUUGUAAAAUUGCGCCUCCCCCGUAGCCUUUAAUUUCUUGGAAGCGUAUUGUAAAUUAUUACUCACUCUUUUUUUUCUUCUGUUGCCUGUUGCCUACUCAAGCAGCGCGCCUUUUCUUUUUACAGGGUUUUGCAGGGGUUCUCAUAGGGUUGUGAGACACUUAAUUGACUCUUUCCAAUAGGGAGUGACCUCCAUUUGAUGGAAAUUGGACUCUAUGGCACCCUUUUUGGACAGGCUCCUUAGACAAUCCUAUUGGAUUCGACAAACCUGGGAUUUGUGCUAUUAGGUUCAUUUCCCAUAGGAAAUAGUCAAGGAAGUAUCCCAACACUAUGGGAACCCCUGGGAAACGCUAUAUUCUACAAAAGUGCACUCGAUUUGCAUAGCAAAACCGCAGGGCAAACGAUCGUACGUUGCAGCAGGCGGUGAACCCACAUACCGAUGGGAGAUUAGUUAGUGUUUGCGAAAUAAAGGAAGAAAGUAGGAAGAAAACACCGAACGUAACCGAGCUUUGCAAGCGCUCGAGCAACAUCGUAGAGGAGAGGUGUGUGUGUGUGGGUUUUGUUUCCUUUUUCUUUUUUUGUUUGCGGCAAUCGGUUCCGCUUAGAUGCGAAUAUUAUAUAUAUACACACAUUCUAUAGGAAGCUAUUUUACAAGAGUAAAAAUCCAGCAAUUAUAUGCCAAACAAG